AAUGAUUUUAGAAACUUAUAGUGAAUAUUUUAUUGAUACCACCCGUUAAAAUAAUCUGAUUUAAAUAAUUUUACAGUUUUUUAUAUGUUAAAUAAUUUUAACAUAAAUCUACAGAUUCAAAGACGAACGAGCGCCAUCUGACGGACAUUUCGCCACAGUCGCAUAAAUAGGUGGAUCUUGAAAACCGGACGUCAAAUUAAAGACUAUUAAUAUAGUUAAUUAUUUGUGUAAUGAUAAUUUAGCUCGACGAACAUAUAAUGGAAAAAAGAGCGACGUUAUCAUCUCCACACAGCAAACCAAGAAACCUGAGGUUUAGGGAUGUGUCUAUAGACAUUUUAUCUGAUACUCUCGCCUACCUCAAUAAUAUAAACAGAUCCAACUUAAAAACUGUAUCGUAUCUGUGUGGAAAUCUGAAAGAUCAAAAAAUAGUGGAGUCGGUGUUUUACGUUUGUGCUGAACUAGGACUUGACCCUGUGGUUGGAUACUAUGCCAUUGAGAUACUGAACAGGUUUCUGGCCAAAUAUCUUGAAGGUCUAAUCGUCAGCCAGCGGAAGCAACCCACACGAAGUCUUUCAUGUAAGGACAAAGGAAACUAUACGGAUCUCAUCCACCAAACUCUCAAGGAGAAGUUCUUUCUUCUCACCCUCUCCAGUGUUCAGAUAGCCAGCAAACUGGACCUACACUUGAAUGUUGUAAACAACGACGUUGCGCUGAAAUUUCUGCACUCAGUCAGUUACCCUUGUACCAAAGAGAAACUCCUGGACACUGAGAUUUUUAUUUUAAAAACUCUCAACUUUAAUUUGAAUGUUCCAAACGCUUUGACAUAUGUGGAGACUCUUUUGGAAGUGCUGGGCUAUAAUGAUCCAUCAGCCCCUGUGGAGCAGCUGCACCAUCUCUGUGUGUAUGUACUGCAGUUCAUUUACCUGCAGAGGGAGUCCAUCUACAACACAUUGCUAGUAUCUGCCACUGGAUCCCCCAAUCCUUCCUAUGAGCAAAGAGCCAAGUUUAUGUCUGUGACUGAAGACUUCAUGCUUUUGGGAGUUGGAGUCAUUGCUGUUGCUGCCUUUAUUCAUCAUAUCUCAACAUGGGAAAAGUUGAUGUGCGCUGCAGGUAGUGGAGGAGCUCACAGGUGUCACAGGAAUUUCCGUCCAGAGUAUUAUGGACUAUGCAUAUGUCACCCUGAUGCACAUCACCAAGAUCAAACCCAUCUGACUCUUGUGUGCGUUUAAGUGUGAAGAGCCGUUGUGAGCACACAGUACAAAUUAGUAGUACAAAAACUGGUUAUCUGUAUAUCUGAAUUUUAACAAUGAAAGAUAUUAUUAUUAUUACUACUAUGGAUUGUCUGAAUUGUAAACAAUAACUAAUAAACGCCAAAAAAGAUGUUACGGAUUGCUAUGCUAUAAUAAUCUCUGAACAUUUUUCAACUACUGUUUUUUGACUAAAUCUUCCUACUGUAUGUGUUAAGAAUAAAUUAUUAAUAAAAAUAAAUGUACUUGCUGGAUUGCA